GAACCAGAAUCCCGACAGUAACUCUCAGCCAUUUUUUGUUGUCAUUAUCAAGCUUCUUCAAAAGUGACGCUUCGUUCUUCAUCUCAGUGCAUAUUUUCAAGUCUUUAGUCGAGCCUCCUCGCUAGGAAAAGCCUUGCAAACAUGUCUGACUUCAUCGAGAGCGAGGCUGAGGAGUCAGAGGAGGAGUUCGAGGAGAAAGACCUGAAGCCCAAGAAGACACAGAAAUUUAUGCAAGAUGAUGAAGAAGAGGAAGAAGAGAAUACUGAAGAUCAGGAUGAGCAUGGAAACCUGAGAGGACUCAUUGAUGAUGGCGAUGUGGAAGAGGAAGAAGCACAAAGUGGGGGAGAGGAUAGUGACUCUGGUGAAGAGGUCCGUCAUCGCCGCAGGAAACGAAGCUAUGAUGACUAUCUGGAUGAUGAUGAUCUGGACCUCAUCGAGGAGAAUUUAGGAGUGAAAGUGAAGAGAAGGAAAAAGAAGUACUCGCGUGUGAAAACCAUGGAUGAUGAGGGGGAAGAUGAUGAGAAAGACCUGAUCGCUGAUGAGAUCUUCACUGGGGAUGGUGAUGGAGAUGGAGAGGUGGAGGAUGGAGAGACUGUAGACACACUUCACCCUAGAGAUGACGAAGAGGAGGAAGAUGAUGAGGAAUCUGAUAUUGAUGAUUUCAUUGUGGAUGAUGAUGGACAGCCCAUCACGAAAAAGAAAGGAAAGAAAUUCUCUGGCUACACUGAUGCUGCUUUGCAAGAAGCUCAAGAGAUAUUCGGCGGUGAUUUUGACUUUGCCGAGUUUGACACUGAGGCGUAUGAUCAUGCAGAAGAGGAAGAGGAGGAUCAGGAUGAUGAGUCAUGGGAUCGGCCAAAGAAGCAGACCAAGAGAAGAGUUGGCCGUCGUAGCAUAUUUGAGAUCUAUGAGCCCAGUGAGCUGGAGAGCAGCCACAUGACCGAUCAAGACAAUGAGAUCCGCUCCACAGACAUGCCAGAAAGAUUCCAGUUGAGGGCCAUCCCUGUAAAGCCUGCAUAUUUGUAUAACAUGACUUUUGUUAGCAUGUUGUCAUGGCACUAAGCUAACUUUGAUUCUUAUUUUGUUUGAUUUGCAUUGCAGGAGAGCACAGACUACCUGGAUCGUGGGACAACCACUAAUUUCAGCAGAAAGGGCCCCAGUACUAUUGCUAAAAUCAAAGAAGCUCUGAACUUCAUGAGGAACCAACACUUUGAGGUUCCCUUCAUUGCAUUCUACAGGAAGGAGUAUGUGGAACCAGAGCUGAACAUUAAUGAUCUGUGGAAGGUGUGGCAGUGGGAUGAGAAGUAUCCUCAGAUGGCCAAGGAACUGAAAAACAAGCUUGUCGCUGAAGCCAAGGACAAUAUUAUUAAGUCUUGCUGCAAGAAGCUGUAUAACUGUUUGAAGGUGGCUUCUUAUCGGCCUGAUCAGCAGGUAGAGGAGGACGAUGACCUUAUGGAUGAGUCGCAAGGAAAGGGUAUCCGUGUACUCGGGGUGGCAUUUGCUUCCGGCAGAGAUACACCAGUGUUCUGCUCCCUCAUUAAUGGUGAAGGAGAGGUUGUGGACUUCCUCAGGCUUCCUUACUUCCUGAAGAGGAGAAAUGCAUGGAGAGAGGAUGAAAGAGAGAAAAAGCUUCAAGAUAUUGAAAACCUCAAGAAAUUCCUCCUUAGUAAGAAGCCACAUGUUGUUGCUGUUGCUGGGGAGAAUCGUGAUGCUCAUAUGGUGAUGGAGGACAUCAAGCGCACCAUCAGUGAGCUGGAGCAGGACUCCUCUCUGCCUGCGGUGGGGGUGGAGCUGGUGGACAACGAGCUGGCUGUGCUUUAUAUGAAUGGCAAGAAGUCUGAGGCGGACUUCAGAGACUAUCCACCUCUGCUUCGGCAGGCUGUGUCUGUGGCUCGCAAGAUUCAGGACCCCCUAGUGGAGUUUGCCCAAGUCUGUAGCAGCGAUGAGGACAUCCUGUGUUUGAAACUGCAUCCCCUGCAGGAGCAUGUAGUGAAAGAGGAGCUGCUGGGCGCUCUUUACUGUGAGUUCAUAAACCGGGUGAAUGAGGUUGGUGUGGAUGUGAACCGGGCCAUAGCUCACCCUUACACCCAGAGCCUGGUCCAGUACGUCUGUGGCCUUGGACCUAGAAAAGGCUCACAACUGCUCAAGAUUCUUAAACAGAACAACACUAGGUUGGAGAACCGGACCCAGUUGGUCACCAUGUGCCAUAUGGGACCCAAAGUCUUCAUUAACUGUGCUGGCUUCAUCAAGAUUGACACUGCCUCUCUUGGAGACAGCACUGACUCCUAUAUCGAGGUCCUGGACGGUUCUCGAGUGCACCCUGAAACGUACGAGUGGGCACGUAAAAUGGCAGUGGAUGCUCUAGAGUACGACGAGUCGGCAGAAGAUGCCAACCCAGCCGGAGCACUAGAGGAGAUUCUUGAGAACCCAGAGAGGCUGAAGGACCUGGAUCUGGAUGCCUUCGCUGAGGAGCUGGAGAGACAGGGUUAUGGUAAUAAGGGAAUUACGCUGUAUGACAUUCGAGCGGAGCUUAGCUGUAGAUAUAAAGAUUUGAGAGCUCCGUACAGGCCUUCCAACACGGAGGAGGUCUUUAACAUGCUCACCAAGGAGACACCUGAGACCUUCUAUAUAGGUAAACUGAUCACUUGUGUGGUGACUGGCAUUGCUCACAGAAGGCCACAAGGUGAGAGUUACGACCAGGCCAUCCGUAAUGAUGAGACCGGACUCUGGCAGUGUCCAUUUUGCCAGCAGGACAACUUCCCUGAGCUCAGUGAGGUGUGGAAUCACUUUGACAGCGGCUCCUGCCCUGGUCAAGCCAUCGGAGUGAGAACUAGGUUAGAUAACGCUGUCACAGGCUUCAUCCCGACAAAGUUUCUUAGUGACAAGGUGGUGAAGCACCCCGAGGAGAGAGUCAAGGUUGGCAUGACUGUGCACUGCCGCAUCAUGAAGGUUGACAUUGAGAAGUUCAACGUGGAUCUCACUUGUAGAACAUCUGACCUGAGUGACAAGAACAACGAAUGGAAGCUUCCCAAAGAUACCUACUAUGAUUUUGAUGCUGAGGCAGAUGAUGUGAAACAGGAAGAGGAGCAAAAGAAGAAACAGCAGAGAACCACUUACAUUAAGCGCGUGAUCGCUCACCCGUCCUUCCACAACAUCAACUUCAAACAAGCGGAGAAGAUGAUGGAAUCCAUGGACCAGGGUGAUGUGGUGAUUCGACCCAGCAGUAAAGGGGAGAACCACCUGACGGUCACAUGGAAGGUGGCUGAUGGGAUAUAUCAGCAUGUGGAUGUGCGUGAGGAGGGUAAAGAGAAUGCGUUCAGCCUUGGACAUACUCUUUGGAUCAACACUGAGGAGUUUGAGGAUCUGGAUGAAAUCACAGCCAGGUAUGUCCAGCCUAUGGCUGCAUUUGCACGAGAUCUGCUCGGCCACAAGUACUUCCAGGAGUGCAAUGGAGGUGAUAGGAAGAAAAUGGAGGAGAUUCUCAUAAGGUCCAAAAAAGAGAAGCCGACAUUCAUCCCCUACUUCAUUUCAGCUUGUAGAGACCUGCCAGGCAAAUUUAUUCUGGGUUACCAGCCUAGAGGGAAGCCAAGGAUAGAGUAUGUAACCAUCACUCCAGAUGGCUUUAGGUAUCGCUCUCAGAUAUUCCCUACAGUCAAUGGUCUCUUCCGCUGGUUCAAGGACCACUACCAGGAUCCUGUGCCAGGCGUCACACCAACCAGCAGCAGAACGAGAACACCAGCAUCAGUGAACGCCACACCUGCCAACAUCAACAUUGCCGACUUGACUCGAGCCGUCAACGCUCUCCCACGAAACAUGACAUCCCAGAUGUUCAACGCCAUAGCGGCGGUUACAGGCCAGGGCCAGAAUCCCAACACAACGCCGGCCCAGUGGGCCUCCAGUCAGUAUGGUUACAGUGGCGGCAGCAGUGCAGGAGGCGGCGGCAGCAGCAGCGCUUAUCACGUGUUUGCAACACCCCAGCAGCCAAUGGCCACUCCCAUGAUGACGCCCAGCUACUCUUACACCACACCUGGCCAGCAGCAGGCCAUGACCACGCCCCAGUAUCCCAGCAGCACCCCGCAGUCCUCACACGGACACCAUCAGCAUUCGUCCUCCACGCCAUCAUCCUCAUCAUCAAGAGUGCGGACGCCACAGCCCAAGACAAGUUCCCACACUGCUGUGGAUUGGGGUAAAAUGGCUGAACAGUGGCUGCAGGAGAAAGAAGCUGAACGGCGGAAGCAAAAGACGCCCCGCGUGACGCCCCGACCUUCCCCCAGCCCCAUGAUCGAGAGCACACCCAUGUCCAUCGCCGGAGACGCCACUCCCCUCUUGGACGAGAUGGACCGAUAGGAGUAGGGAAGGGGGGUGUUCAGACAUCUCAUAAAACCCAAUCCAUCCACAUCCCAUCUGUCACCCUCCGUCUUUUGCUCUUUCGCUGCUAGAAGUAUUCCUUUGAGUCAUUCAGAGCUCAUGAUACAAAGACAAACACUUGAAAUGUGUUGAUGACAAACAAAUUUAGGAAAUGGACCUACAAUAAACGUUUGUCACUAGGGUUUUCCUUUUUUUUUUUUUUUUUUUUUUUUUUUUUUUUUUUUUUUUAUUUUUUAU